AAUAAAUAAAUACAUUUUAAAAUAACAACUUUUGCGAGGACUAUAUAAAUAUUUUGUACUCUAACUCAAAGCUGUGAUCUUUGUCUUCUUUCUCUCCAGGGUUUUAGGGUUCCGCGGAAGGAAUUUGAAAAUGCAACUGACUCUUGAAUUUGGUGGGGGGCUGGAGUUACUAUGUAACUCUGUAAAGAUCCAUAAUGUCAGCAUUGAUCCCGAAAAUGGAGUGGGAAAGUUCAUUAUGAAGGAUUUGCUCUCUUGGGUUCGAUCUAACCUGAUCAAGGAACGGCCGGAAAUGUUUAUGAAAGGCGACACCGUAAGACCUGGUGUUCUGGUGCUUGUAAAUGAUUGUGAUUGGGAGCUUAGUGGGCAGCUUGACACAACAUUGGAAGAGAAAGACGUGGUAGUGUUCAUAUCCACCUUGCAUGGAGGCUAGCUUCUUCAGUAAAACCUUUUUCAUUAUGUAUCUACUAAACAGUCUGUAUUUUUUAUAAACUUCCUCCCACCAUAUGAUAUGGACACAUUAUUACCUUAAAAUGUAUACAUGGUAAUCUCGAUCAAAUUUUGCUCUGAGGCUUGUGAAAUCAUUUCUUUGGGUGGAUACUCAUGUUGAUUAACUGAAUAAAGUUGAAGGAAGGGUAUAUUUUAGGACGUGUUAGUUAUAUUCUAAGUUUCUAUUGUUUCAACAGUUCUUUUCAGUCUUUAAAAAAGACAGUCCUGUUGUAGUUCGUGAGGCCACACGUGCCUGCAUUCUUCAACUAUUCUUGAUGGAUA